AUUCAAAGAUAAACAUAUGCUGCGCUGAUAAAGACAGGUUUUAUAUUCAACGAGAUAAAGUGUCAAUAAACAUUAGUUCAUAUCAGCAAUUAUACUGGUGAUAUUUAAACAUAUAUUCAUAUACAUGUAUAUUCAAACAUGUAUGAAAAUAUGUUUUGGAUAUUAUGAAGGAUGCAUUCUAGAUUUGUAAUUUCAGUGACAAGGUUAGGACUGUCGUAAAAUUAUAGUGUUUCGUUAAAAUAAUGGGUUGAUACAUACCCAUCAGAGCAGAUAUAUUUAGCAUGUGCUACAUAAGACUGAUACUAAUGCAGUUAGAUGCAUACUUCAGAGAUUAAUCUAACGAAUUCUUAAUAAGGAUAACGCCAUCAUGAAAUUCUAUUCAAGAGUUUUAUCAAUUGUCGGUGGGACCAUCUUAUUGUACUAUAGCAUAAGUAUAGCAACUAUAUACUCACAGCAAAAAUAUUCAACAUAUUACUCAAAUGAUGAUAGUUACACAACUUCGCUCCCUGGGACAAGUCAUGGUAAAAUGCAUGCCAACACAAUUUCAAAUGAAGGGCACAUCAGACCGCCAGGGAAAACAACCAGAAGUAGUAAAAUGUUGACUGCUGAUGAAGAAGAAAGUGUACAAAAGUACGCGAAAGAGAUAUAUAAAACUACAAAAGAUAUCACACCAAUAGAUAGUAAACCUAUUAUCUUAAAUGAACAUUUGUGUCAGAAUGACAAUCCUUAUUUAAUUAUCAUGAUUCCGUCUCAACCUUCACAUGCCAAACACCGACAGGCAAUCAGAGAAACAUACGCUCAGUUAUCACGUGAUAAUAUCAAUAAGGUAAAUGGUGUAGAAAUACCAUACAUAGUGAGGACCGUGUUUCUGCUCGGAAGGGGUAAAAAUGAUUUUGUGGAUGCAAGUGUUUUACGAGAAAACAGCAAAUAUAAUGAUAUAGUUCAGUUUGAUUUCACAGACUCUUAUCAUAACUUAACUUUGAAAAUGUUGCAUGGUUUUAAAUGGGUAGGUCAAUAUUGCAAGCAUGCAACGUAUGUCCUUAAGUCGGACGAAGAUGUUUUUGUUAACGUUGCUUUAUUGAUUCAACAGUUAAAAAGACAUACAUUAACUCCAAAGGGAGUUGUCUUCGGAUACAUAUACAGUAACAGUAGAGUAUGGCGACAUGGUAAAUGGGCGAUUGAUAAGUCUGUUUAUGAAAAAGAUAGGUUGCCAAGAUAUGCAUCGGGAACUGCUUACGUGUUGUCAGUAAACAUUCUUCCUCAAGUUGUAAAAGAAGCAAAUGAAAGAGCGUAUGUUCAAGUGGAAGAUGCCUACAUUACAGGUAUAAUAGCUUCAGAAAAAUUAGGCGCCAGUCUUGUAAUGUUGGUUGGAGGUUCACAUUUAAUUGAAAAAUCUAUGGAACCCUGCAACUUUGUGGAGAAAAAGAGAGUAACUAAAACUAAUCUAAACGUAAGCCAACUAUAUAGUUUCUGGAAUGCAUUAAUAUAUUUUGAGACAGAAUGUCACAAGUAAAAACCUUGUUGUAAAAGAUUGUAGGGCUUACGUAUGGGAUAAGCAAUACGAAGUGUGAUUAAAAUGUACUUACUGUUUUUGGAGUGUUUUGCAUGCUUUGCUACAUAAACAAUUGGUAUACAAACAAGUUUCGAUCGAUAAAUAAUUACGUUUCUAACAAAUAAACAAAUCAUAUCUAACAUACAGAACAAUUUUGGAUGUCAUUUUUUUUUAUCUUGUAUUUGGAACGGUCUUCCUCAUUAUAUCAAAUUUGAUGCAUCUGCAAAUAAUUUUAAAACCUUAAACUUGAGAUGUUAUCACACACCGGUGUAAGCUCUAUUAGUGUCAAUUCCAUGCUUUGUUUAAAAUAUCAUGUACGAGUAUGUUACGUUUGUGUAUUCUAAAUUUAUAUUGUUCCUUAUUGAGGGCUUCAAGAAAGAUAUGUUGUUCAAAUGAGUUCUCUCGUUAAAUAAAGUCUUUAUUAUUAUUA